AUGGCCGGGAAACAUCGGAGGUCAAAGUACAUUUACGCUGGCGUCGAGAACACUACUGGUGGUGUACGGGACGAAGCAGCAGCCAAACGUCAAAAGCAAACCAGUAACGAUAAUGAUGGUAUUGUAGCACUGCUGGAUACUGCCUACAAAGUGGAGAGCCUUGGUGUACAUGCGCACGAUGAAUGA